AUGGAAGAGAAGCCCGAUCAGGUGUUAAGAACCCCCCCUGUGGAGGGUCUCCCUGCAGGGGAAGGAGUGCAGCAAGAUGCCGCUGAGGAAGAUGCCGCUGAGGAAGAUGCUGCUGAGCAAGAGGCAGAUAAGCAAGCGGACGAGGGAGGUGGAGUCCCCCCAGGAAGUAACCGACCCCACGUAACCGCUAAAAAAGAGAGCGUAGAAGAGGCCUUCAAAAUUGUACAAGAGCAAAUAGAUAAAGAUAUGGCCCUCGCUGAUGAUGCGUCGAGGGCCAUUAUGAUGUUAAGCGGGGCGCAUCACUUAGAUCAGUGCAAGGAGUCAGUGCAGGGAGUCGAGGCGGGGGGAAAGACCCCCUCUGCUGGGAAGAAUGACAUGAGAGAUGGGGGCAAUGAGAAUUGUACCGCAAGCAGCGCAGAUGCACAGGGUAGUGGCGAGAACACCAAGAAGGCUAUGGGUGAUAAGGCUGAAGUAACACAUGAUGGUGAAGCCAACAACACGGGGAAGGAUCCCCUGCACAGGGAAUCCAUGAUGAACCGUGAUGACUGUGAAGAUGACGAUAGCAACUCCGAUGUGGACACGUGGUCAAACGUGAGCUACCUGUCGGUGGAUGAGGCCAGCCCGUACAACGAGGCGGCCGAGGUGUACACAGCUUCGCCGAAGCAGGAGCAGACAAAGUGCACGAGGGAGGAGAUGAGGCGGAAGAUGCUGAAGAGCGACGAGGAGGCGGAGCGCCAGGCACAGGAGGCGCGGCAGCGGCGGGAGCCAUCUCCAGGGGAGCAGCACACAGGGGAGCAGCAAACGGGGCAGCAGCAUACAGUGGAGCAGCCAACAGGGCAGCCUCCUCCGGUGAUGGCCUCUCCCCCCCUAACCGCGCUUACUGAGGCAACCCAGGCCGACCUGUCAAAGCAGCUGUCCCUGAACGCAAUCGACAAGUCGUUCAUACAAAUCCCGUUGAAAUGUAUUCUGAACUCUUUCCGAAAUAUUCAGAAGGAGCUAGAGAAAAAUUUCACCAUCAUCACGCUGUUCAUAGAGAAGAAGCUACUGAACUUAACGGACGAGAUUUACCUGAACAAGCUGAAUACGAUUAUCGAAAAAUUGCAAUCAUUACGGAGCAAAGUCAUCGAAUCAAAGAUGCUUCUAGACAAAUAUGUGAACCGUUUGGCUAGCCGACUCAAGUACAUUUAUUUUGAGGGAGAUAUCCAGCUGGAAAAUUUAAAGCAUGACUUUCGCUUCGAAAUGUAUGAAAAUAGAAUUAAUUGGCUAGUCGACGGGUUCUUAUCUAGAUACGGGUUCUUUGACACCGUAGAAGUAUUUUCAAAAAGGUACAAAUUGGGGAACUACUCAGAUGCACAUGUCUACAAGGAAUAUCUAGACAUCAUAACGGAGCUAAAGAAUUACAACAUCAAACCGGCACUAGAGUGGUGUCAAAAAUACAAGUCUCAAUUAAAAAAAAUCGAUUCAAAUGUAGAAGCAGAGCUGCAUCUACAAUGUGUCAUUAGUGUAAUUUCGGAGAACAAAUUUUUUGAGGCCAUUGAGUAUAUAAAAAAAACCGUCUCCAAACCAGAUGAGCAGAUCUCUGCAGAUGUCAAGUUCCUCGUGACGUACAUUGGGCUGUAUGGAUCGAACGAGAAGAGACACACCACUGAUAUGUUAAAUCGAUUCAAUCGGAGGAGAUGGAGUAAAGUCAUAAAAUCUUUCCAGGAGGUUUACUCAGAAAUAACGGGCGUGCUGAACAAGCCUCUGCUGGAGCUGCUACUCAAGGCUGGCAUUUCAGUGGUGAAAACGGAGCAGUGUGGAAAGCAGAAGUGCACAAAAUGCCCAACGUGCAUGGACGAGCUUAGACAGACCAUCAACGACGUCCCACACAUACAGAAGACCAAGAGCUUUCUCGUUUGUCCCUACACCAGUGAAGUCAUGGACGAGAAGAACCCCCCCUUCACCACCCCCGCGGGCCGCGUCUUCUCGGAAAAGGCUAUUUCCCUGUUCGUUAAGUCGGAAGAAGUGUUCGAGUGCCCCAUCACAGGGGAGAAGUAUCGCAUGCAGGACCUGUCGCGGCUGUUCAUUUGA